UAUUCCUGAGGCCAUGAUGUAAUGAAUAGAGGCCUGUCUGCUGCCCUGCCUCAAUUGAGGUGCUGGAGAGGCAUGGUGUGACAGAGGUAGGCAACCUGGUCAUGAGCCUGAUACAAUGUUCAUAGCUCACAUAUAGACAACCUCUGAAUAUGCAGGCAACCUUUUCAUAUCCAUCUUCAGUGAUGUGGAAGAUUGAAAAAGAGGGAAUAGGUCAUUGGUGAUGGUGGCAGAGAGGAGCACAGGCAGGCAGGUAAGCUCCCAGCUGGGGUGGGACAGCAGCCCCAGCACAACCUGUGGGCAAGAGCAAACAUGGACCAGCAUGUCCCAGGUGUAGUGAAGAUAUGAAGGCAUAUGGCAGGAGGGAACCAGACGACUUUCUUUGGGUUCCUCCUCUGGGGACUCUCAGAGCAUCCAGAGCAGCAGCACAUCCUCUUCCUGCUGUUCCUGUGGAUGUAUGUGGUCACUGUGGCUGGGAACCUACUUGUUGUCCUGGCCAUUGGCACUGACACACAUCUCCACACGCCCAUGUACUUCUUCCUUGCAAUCCUUUCCUGUGCAGACAUCCUUUUCACUUCCACCACUGUGCCCAAGGCCCUGGUGAACAUUCAGUCCCAGAGCAGAUCCAUUUCCUAUGCAGGAUGCCUGGCUCAGCUCUACUUCUUCUUGACAUUUGGGGAUAUGGACAUCUUCCUUCUGGCCACAAUGGCGUAUGACCGCUACAUGGCCAUCUGCCACCCUCUGCACUACAUGAUGAUCAUGAACCGCCAGCGCUGCACCCUCCUGGUUACUGUCUGCUGGACCCUUACAAGUCUUGUUGCCAUGACCCACACCUUCCUCAUAUUCCGGCUCUCUUUCUGCUCUAAGAAGAUCAUUCCUGACUUCUUCUGUGAUCUGGGACCCCUGAUGAAGGUGUCCUGCUCAGACACUCGGGUCAAUAAGCUUGUGCUCCUCUUCUUGGGGGGAGCAGUCAUUUUAAUCCCCUUUAUGCUCAUCCUGGUCUCUUACAUCCACAUCUUUCUAGCCAUCCUGAGGGUCCCCUCUGCCCAGGGAAGGUACAAGGCCUUCUCUACUUGUGGGUCCCACCUUGUUGUUGUUGCCCUGUUCUUUGGUACGGUGAUCAGAGCUUAUCUUUGCCCCUCGUCCUCAUCCUCCAACUCAGUGCAAGAGGACACAGCUGCUGCUGUCAUGUACACAGUGGUGACUCCCCUGCUGAACCCUUUCAUUUAUAGUUUGCGGAACAAGGACAUGAAAGGAGCCUUGGGAAGACUUCUUAGGGGCAAAGUCUCUUUCUCAUGGGGCAAGUAAUGUCUGCAGAGAGACUGCAGGUGUUCUCUGUUCUGUCCAGUGAAAAGCUUGACAGAAAUUGAUACCUCAUGUGUCUCAUUUUUGAAUCCCACAGUUGUCUCCUCACCACUCCCCUCCCAACUUCCCCACAAGAAUUUGAUAAUGUUGAGAAAAAUUAAGGUUUUGCAUUGUGCUUUAAAGUUAAUCUGUUAAGAGUAGCUUAUUUACUCAUUUAUUUCACUUGUUAUAUAACUUCAGGAGAAUGAAUGUCUUUUGCAAUGUUCUUAA